ACACAUAUGUUAAUGUUAAUCACACUAGUCCCGGAUAAGAACAUUCGAACAAAUACCAACACACAAAAGAAAGAAGAAGAAUGUUGUCGAGGUUGUUCAAGGCUGGUGAGAAGGUUCUGUCCAAUCUUGUUAACAAGAAAGACUUUCACAUGGCGUCGAGCAAUACAGAGAAUCCUCCCAAAGUGCAAGAGCUUUACGAGCUCUGCAAAUCCACUUUCACUGGGAAAGCUCCUUCUCCUGGUUCCACGCCUGUCCAAAAACUAUGCUCUCUCUUGGGGUUGAAUUUUAGGGCUCGUUGUGGUGAAUUGGUGGUUAAAGAUUCAGUGAGUCCUGGAGAUGUUGGGCUUGAAGAGGAAGCUCAAGAUGAUGAUAGAGGCUAUGGAGUUUCUGGGGUUAGCCGCGUCAACAGAGUAGGAAGAUGGGCUCAGCCGAUCACAUUCUUAGACAUUCAUGAAUGUGAUACCUUUACAAUGUGUGUUUUUUGCUUCCCAACAUCCUCAGUGAUUCCAUUGCAUGACCAUCCAGAGAUGACUGUCUUUAGCAAAAUCCUCUAUGGAUCACUUCAUGUUAAAGCUUACGACUGGGUCGAACCUCCAUGUAUUAUCACACAUGACAAAUCACAAGCAGCACGGUUGGCGAAACUGGUUACCGACAAAGUGAUAACGCCUCAGUCUGAACUACCAGUGUUGUACCCAAAGACUGGAGGCAAUCUCCAUUGUUUCACUGCGCUGACUCCAUGUGCGGUGCUCGACAUUCUCACACCUCCUUACAACGAAAACGCUGGCAGGUCUUGCAGUUACUACAUGGACUAUCCUUUCUCCACUUUCGCACUGGAGGAAGGUGUGAAGAGCGUGGAAGGAAAGGAAGACGAGUACGCUUGGCUUGUGCAGAUAGACACACCCGAUGAGCUUCACAUGCGUCCCGGAUCGUAUACGGGUCCAACUAUUCAAGUUUAGAUUGUUGCAAGUCGGUUUUGUAGCCAAGUAGAGAGUACUCUUGUAUCAUUGUUCCUGGAGAAGAUGUCAAAUACAGUUUCGGGUUAAAGAUACUCCUUCAUCAGUGCAUGUCUGCUUCACACGAUUAUAUUAUAAACUAUUGAAACUGUUUAAUAAAUGUACAUAAAAGUCGGUAUUGAGAUAUGGUACUCAAGUUCAAAUUCAA